AAGAGGGCGCCAUAUGACAGCGAGGGAAACGAGUGAGGGAGAAUACAGGCCCCAGUUACUGCACUAUCACUAGACUACCACACAGGCAGUAUUGCGCCAGUCACCCAGUCAGUCUUGUGCGUCCUCUCUGCUGGUCCGACGCUGCUGUGUAACUGAUUAGACAUCCCGCCUCUUGAAACACACAGACAAAUACACAGGGUGUCAUUCUCUCUUUCGUUUGUCGUGCAUGUGUCUAUGUGCCGGUCAGUCUGCUGUAGAGUUGUCGGUGAGAUUCGACAGCCAAUGUGUCUACGCGUCGCGGCCAUGAGUUAGAAAGUGUGUGGCGUCGCGCGUGACACUUCCCUCUCCCAAGCGAGACCUACCGAGUGUGUGUGUGUGUGAGAGUGUCUGUGUGUAUGUGUGUAUAUCUUGAGUGUACGUACGCACCAAAGAGAGAGAGAGAGGAAUUUCAGUUUUAUUUCUGUUUUGGGAAGCUAACAUGCUUACCCGACAGAUUCAGUUCGCUUGACAAGAACAAGUAACGAGGAGAAACCUAAACAUUAUUUCGCUACGACGACUGUGAUGUGCGUGAGUCAAUCUGGCCGACCGUGCCCCCAAAAUAGCAAAAACGACGAAAAUUGACUCUACUAUGUACGCGAAAGGCAAGGGGUCGACGGUACCCUCGGACGCCCAAGCUAGGGAGAAGUUAGCAUUAUAUGUCUACGAGUACCUGCUGCAUGUGGGCGCCCAGAAAGCCGCACAGACAUUUCUAUCCGAGAUUCGGUGGGAGAAAAACAUCACGUUAGGAGAACCACCGGGUUUCCUUCAUUCGUGGUGGUGUGUAUUUUGGGACUUGUAUUGCGCGGCGCCGGAACGCCGGGAUACGUGCGAUCACUCCAGCGAAGCCAAAGCCUUUCAUGACUAUGGUUUCGUCAAUUCCGGCUAUGGCGUCAAUGGCAUCGCACACAAUGCCGGUCCAGUGCCGAGUCCGCUUGGCCAGAUGGCGCCAGGAGACGGCAUGCCAGGAGGCCCGAUGCCGCACGGAUUUUUUCCAAAUUCGGCAAUGAGGCCGUCUCCGCCUACUCACCCCGCCUCGCAACCCUCGCCACAUCCUCAGCCGCCUACACCACACACUCAGAUGAUGCCGGGCCAGCCGUUUAUGGGACCACGUUAUCCAGGCGGACCUAGACCAGGCAGCGUUCGUAUGCCUCAGAUGGGACCUGAAUUCGGAGGGCCUCCUGGCCAGCCGAUGAUGCCCAACAGUCUGGAUCCCACUCGGCAAGGUGACGGCGAGUUCGUAGGUUGGCAAGGUCCUCCGAUGUCCGGUAUGGGUCCCCGACUCGGUGGUCCUCGAGGGCCGGGUGGAAUGGGACCCAUGGGUCCAGGUGGUCCAGGUGGAGUACCUGGAGGCUACGGCCCUGGACCAGGAAUGCGAGGGCCCGGUCCUGGUAUGAUGGGUCCUGGCGGUCCAAUGGGUCCCGGAGGCGGUGUUCCCGGUGGGCCCGGCGGACCUCUACCAAACAUGGGUGGCAUGGGUGGACCUGGCGGUCCUCGGCCACAGUGGCAACCGAAUUCUUCAACGCCAAUGAAUUAUCCAUCAUCAUCGCCUGGCAACUACGGGGGUCCACCCGGCUCUGCUGGACCACCAGGUCCCGGCACACCCAUCAUGCCUAGUCCACAAGAUUCGUCUAGUUCAGGAGGGGACGGCAUGUACACGAUGAUGAAAUCUGUGCCGGGUGGAGCCAUGCCAGGACAGGACUUCCCGAUGGGUGGCGGACCUGAAGGAGGUCCUAUGGGACCGAUGGGUCCUUCGGCUAUGGGCCCGGUUAUGAACGGUGGCGAUGGCCUGGAUGGCAUGAAAAGUUCACCAGCAAACGGUGGUCCAGGGACACCGCGGGACGAUGCCGGCGGAAACGGCGGCGGAGGUGGCGGAGGAGGCAUGGGUGACUACAACCUGGGCGGCUUCGGAGGCCCCAAUGAGAAUGAUCAAACGGAGUCGGCGGCCAUCUUGAAAAUCAAGGAAAGCAUGCAGGAGGAAGCCAAGCGAUUUGAAACCGAUUCCGACCAUCCCGAUUACUUCAUUCAAUGAACUUACCUUUCCCUCCUCACCUUUUAACAAUUUGCGCACACACACACAUACAUACAUACACACACACACACACACACUUGAACAUUUCGUAAAAACACAUGUGAUCGCGCGUUUGGUUGACUGUUUGGAGAGACAACGACAAAAGAGAACUUUGAAGCACACAGUCUGACCUUCUAUAUUUUGACUUCCAUUUGUUUCUUUUCUUCCUCUAUACAUCGACAACAUUUUCCAUUCACUUUUUUUUUUCCUCUUCCAACGGUUUCGGUAUUUUUCCUUCCUUUAUUUUUAUACUUCCAUUUUGAAUCUCGAUUCCGUCCGCCAUCUCUUUUGAUUACAUUUUCCCCUCCGUACUCACAUUUGCCGUGUUUCUAUGGCUGUUUCUUUUUUUAUUUUAUUUUUUAAUACCUGACCUUUAUUCUAAUCUCACCUUCGCUAUGACAGAGGAAGCGCGUUGAUCUGUGUGUGUGUGUGCAUGUUUGUUUCUUCCAAACCAAAAGCAAAACAAACAAAAGAGAACCAUGUGUGUUUGUGUGUGUCUUUCUUUCUCUCUCUCUCUCUCUUCCUAACAUCUGCUCACAAACAUAUAGUGUUUUAAUGUCGUAGCAGUGUCCAGCUUCCGGACGAGAAAGAUAUCGAGCUCUUCCGGUGGGAGGGGCAGGAACAGAGGGUGGGGGGUUCCUGAUAACAACGUUCUAUUUCAGGUAUGCUUUUUUUCCCAAAUGAAAGGGCACCCUUCAUCAUCGUCGUGUUUCGUUUAAUGUUUGUCAUUAUCUGAAGUAUUCCUAUGGAAAUCUUAAAAAAAAAAAAACGAACAAAAAAGUGAAUCAAACAAAAAGGGGAAAAUUACAAACGCGAAGAUCAUCAACACACAAGAAAAACAAAAUGGCGCCUUGGCAAAAGGUUGCAAGUCCUAAAAUUGCAGUACAUGUAUACUACAUAUAACGAUAUCUACAUAUUCAUAUUGGAUUUGACCUUCCUAAUCCAUUUACCCGUUCCUCUACCGGUUCACCAAAAAAAUCGAUAUGGUAUAUAUACAUACAAAACACACAUAUUUUAUACAUAUUAUACGCCUAGUUUUCUUCCUGCUCCAAUUUUUGGUUCCUCUUUCUCAUGGCGCGAUCUAACGAAAUGACCGAAUUUUUCAACGCCUAGAGUAUUUUCUACAGUUUUUAUGUCACUGAUUUUGGCGAUAGAACGACGCCAAUUUUCUCCAGACAACAUACCGGUGUGUCUUGUAUUCAAAUUUUUUUAAUCAAAUUUUGUUGUCAUUUUGUUCCGCUGGUGUCAUCAAUCAAGAACCAUACACCGUGAAUCCUUCCCGCCGCUCCCCGCCCCUUUAAAAAAAAAUCCCAUUUAAAGUUAGAUUAGUUAAAUCUUGAAAUAUGCGAAUGGUGUGAUGUAUUUGUUGAAUCGGGCCGGUGAUUUUUAUAUUAUUUCAUUUCGUAUGAUGACAAAUGUCCGCGUACACUUCAAACCUUCAUAUUUUGCAUAUGAAAAGAAAGAAAAAAAGAAUCGAUUAUCAUUUUGUUUUUGUUAUUUUAGCCUUUCUUCUCCUCUUUGUUACAAGUCAAACAGUCAUCAUAAUUAUGUGUUACGAUCCUUACUACAGAAAAUGUUUGUUUUUGUUUUGUUUAUGUUUUUUUUUUGUAACUAAACCUGAAGUUAUAUAAAAUUACGUGAAAAAAAGAUGCCCAUGCCACGUGUUGUAAUUUUGCAUACAAAGUAUCUUAUGGUAAAGAUGGCCGAGAACAAAUCAAAAAAUGAAAUCCACCUAUGUGUUUUUAAUUUCAUAUUUUCAUAUUGUUUACGAAUGAAUCAACUUUUUCAGCCAUAUAUUACCGGCAAAAGAAAUUAAAUUAAAUUAAACACUGAUUCGCAAUAAAAUAUUAGUUUUCCUGCCAAUCAAGUAUUUUUUUAACAAAACGGAAUCGAAAUGGUUUUAUCGCAAACACUUUGAAUUUGAUUAACUCAAAGACUAUAAAUCCCAAGUCAAAAUGAACUUGAUUUUCGAUAUCCUCAUAAAAUUUCAAAUGGCAAUCAUGUAUUUAUACAGCAAUAUUUUUUUCAAGAAAAAGACAGGCUUAUUUUUUUGUAUGCCAGACUUUUUCGUGAAACAGUUUGAAUUUGAAUAUGCCCAUUUCAUAAAUUGUAAAUCCCAGGUGGGUGACAUUAGCCGACUGAUUAAAGAUCUGAGAUAGCUGAAUCAACAUUAUAAUUCAUUUCGGCUAGUUUCAUUUUUGCAAUGUAUUGUUUUUUUUAUUUCGAUAUACCUUUGAGUUUUUCA